UUGAGGAAGAAACGCAGAAAACGGAAACUUUUUGAAACGAGCGGUUGUGCCGCGCUGCUGCGGAGGAAAUCAGAGAAAAAAUCAGAAAUUUACGUCGCUUCGGGUAAACAGCCGGCUAAAAUAUUAUGAGUUGAUGGAUGUUUGUUUUGUUCCAUCGCGUUUCGCGGAUAAGUAAAGAGAGGCCCUCGGCAUGAGGAUUUGAGAAGUGAAUUAAGCGCAGUGUUCUUAUGCAGCGAAUUGUUAGCGCCCAAAAAGUAAACAAACAAAAUGCAUGUUUUUGAACGGAAAUCUGAAUAAAAAAGUUACCUGUUUUGUGGAUUUCCUUGCCACCCCCGGUUUUCGCGUGUGUUGGUGUGUGUGUGCCUCUGUGUGAGUGUUGUGUUGUUUUUGUGUAAAAGGAAAACAAAACGGAAGGCUAAACAACAACAAAAAGGAAAGCAGUGUGUGUGUGUGUGAGGAGAGCGGCCAGCGGCAAAAUGCCGGCGACAGCGAAUUCGUGGGUGUUUUUGCUGUUGUUGUUGGUCGCCGUGGAAAGAUGCAGCAGCAACAGCAGUGGUCGCAUCAAUAGUCGCAGUAGCAACGGCUACAGGAAAAUUCAGUGGCAGGAGCAACAGGAGUUCCCCACUUUGCGUCCCCUUCCAGAAAAAGGUCCCUGCCCAGCCUCGUACUUCACAUGCAGCGACGGAUUCUGCAUACCGAUGCGAUGGAAAUGCGACUCCAAGGCCGAUUGUCCGGACAGGUCCGACGAGGGCGGCGAGUGCGCCGAGGCGCCCAAGUGCAACGAGGGACAGUUUCGGUGCGGGGUUAGCCGCCACUGCAUCCCGAACAAUUGGCUCUGCGACGGGGAGUUUGACUGCGGCAAGGGCGACACAUCCGACGAACUGAACUGUCCAAAUGGCGCUACGCCCAAGUGCCGCGCCUUCGAGGGCCAGUGCCGCAACGGCGACUGCCUGGAGUUGUCCCGUUUCUGCGAUGGCCGCUGGGACUGUGAUAACGAUGAGCUGCAAUGUGAUAAACAAAACGCUGCCUGUGCCGCGCUGAACUGCAGCUACAACUGCAAACUGACCCCGGAAGGUCCGCGAUGCUACUGCCCCACGGGUCAGGUGUCCGAGUCGGCCAACUCCACCCGCUGCGUGGACUACGACGAGUGCUCCGAGCCGGGCACCUGUGACCAGGUGUGUCGCAACACGCCCGGCUCCUACGAGUGCUCCUGCGUCUCCGGCUAUUCAAAGACCAAGGGCAGGCACUGCCGGGCCAUCAAUGUGCCACCAACGGAGCCGGCCACGCUGACUUUUCUUUCGCAGGGCAACAUACGGCGCAUUGGAACGAAUGGCGAAGUCAUCGGACCCACGGGUGCAAAGGAUACGGCCAUAGUAACGGACGACAAGGAUGGCACCGGAAGUGAGGAGCUACUGCUGUCCACGGAACCCCUUCGCCUCGUUCACGCCUUCGAGGUGUGGCAUCGGAACCGCACCCUCUGCGCCCUUCACAGCAACUGGCACGAGCUGCAAAUGCAGUGCCAGCGCAUCGAUGACGCCCGGGUCAACUGGACGAUGCCCAUCUCCUCGUUCGUCUCCACGCAGCAAUUUUUUGCGGAACUUCGCCUCGACUGGCUGGCGGGUAAUUGGUAUUUGCUGAACGAGGACGACGGCCUGGUCUAUCUGUGCACCAAUGCGAUGACCUACUGCCGCCUGAUACUACAGCAGGUGGAUCUCAUAGCCUCGCUGGUGCUGGACCCCACCAAAGGCUACCUGUUUUACACGGACGGCACGUCCAGUGUGUCGCGUUCUCUGCUCGACGGCAGCAAUCGCACUGUUUUGGUUACUGACCAGGUUUAUCAUCCGAGUAGCGUCACUUUGGACCUGGCCAAUGAGUUGCUUUAUUGGAUUGAUAUCUACAAGGAUGUAGUGGAGCGCGUGAACUAUGAUGGACAGAACCGUUGGACCCUGAAAAGACCACCAGAUUCCCAUGUGCCAUUGAAAUCCAUCAAUGCCGUGGAGGUUUUUGAAAACUCAAUUUAUUUGGCAACCUGGACGGACAUGGAUAUCGUUGCCCUCGACAAAUUCACGCUCAAGGCCCGCGUCCUCCAUUCGAAUGUGAGCCGCGGAGCCAAUUUUCGAAUUUUCCACCGGCAAAAGCAGCCCGAGGUGGCCCAUCCGUGCCGGGAUAACAAUGCCGGCUGCAAUCAGAUCUGUGUGCCGCAGUGGACAAAAGGAUUCGCCAGCGCCAAAUGCUUAUGCACCGCCGGCUAUAAAUUGCACAAUCAGACGACCUGUCUGCUCUCCGCCCUCGACAAGUUUCUAGUCUUCAGCGAUAAGCACCUGGCCAGGAUUAGUGGCGUUCCGCUGGACACCGAGCAAGUGCAGCAGCUGGAGCAGAUGGGCGAACAACCGGAUGUGAUGGUGCCCGUAUACAACGUCACCAGAACACUGGCCAUCGGUAAUGUUCGCGGCAAGGCGGUGUUCUAUGUGCUUGGUGACUCGGGGCAUAGCCCCAUCGGGAAUGAGGAGUCCACGUGCAGCAUACGGAGUCAGUCGCUGAACGGCAGUGUCCACCGGCUACUGACCCACGGUCUGAAGAAGGUGCACGCGUUGGCCUUCGAUUGGAUCAAUGAUCAUCUGUACUGGUCCAGCCAUAAGAGCCUGCAGGUGGCUUCGUUGCGCAAUUUAAGCAAGGUGCUAACCUUCAGCACAGAUUGUGAUGCCAUGUCCCUGGAACUGGAUCCCAUGACUGGACUGCUCUACUGGUCGCAAUGGGAGUCGCAAUCCUGCGAGGCCGGCAUCUACAGCGCCUGGAUGGAUGGCACGCACAAGGAGCUGCUGGCCAAGGGCACCGCCGCGAUGCCCAUGCAAUGGCCGCGCAGCCUGGACGUGGAUCGACGCACCAAAGAGCUCUACUGGUGCGACAUCCGACUGGGCACCAUUGAGCUCAUGCGGCUCGAUGGCACCGGACGCGAGGUGCUAUUCAAGUCGGACCAGUUCCACCCGUACUCGAUGGUGCAGAACAACGGACUGAUAUACUGGGUCGAGAGCAAGAACUCCACGAUUUGGCGGUUCCAUGCUCAUCAGGCCAACCUCUCGAGCACAUUUAGCUCAACGGUGCAUUUACAGCGUGCGGGAAGAGCUGCAGAUCUGCGAAUCUUCGAUGUGGCCACGCAGCCGCUGUCCCAGACACCAAGUGCCUGCAAGCUGUCCAAGUGUCCGGGCAUGUGCUUGAACUCGCCCAAAGGUGCCAUAUGCCGUUGUCCCGACGGAUUUACACUAAAUGGCACCGGCAGCCACUGCAUCCCCCAGGUGGCUCCAUCACCGAUUCGCCCCAAUUGCACGUCGGGAUUCUUUUGCCGCAGCACGCGGCAGUGCAUCGAGAGCAAGGACAUGUGCGACGGCUUCGAGGACUGCGAUGAUGGCAGUGAUGAGAGCUCCGACAUGAAGGGUCCCUGCAACUCGAUUACCUGCGACAAGACGCACAAUUUUGUGUGCAACGGUCGCUGCUAUCAGCGAUCGCUGCUGUGCAGCUCCAUUGCCUACUGCUCGGAUGGGUCGGAUCAGGCGAACUGCGAGCACAGCACCUGCAACAGCAACGAGUUCACCUGCCAGAAGAGCGGCCGCUGCAUCCAAUUGACUUGGGUCAACGACGGCGUGGUCGAUUGUGGCCCCGACGACGAUUCCGAUGAGUCGUCGGAGAUGUUUUUUGCCAGCAAGUGUCCGGAGUUCGACUGCAUGAACGGGCGGUGUCGCCAGUUUGCCGAUGUCUGCGACGGCAUCGAUAACUGCGGAAACAAUGCCGACGAAGUGGAGUGUGAGCAGGAGUGCGGUCACGGCGAGAAGUACUGCCGGCCCAUUGGUUGCUAUGGCGAAAUGCACAUGUGCGACGGGAUACACGACUGCGAGGACUUCAGCGACGAGGCCAACUGCAACCAGACCAAGAGCGACAACCACCCGGUGACUGGGUGGAAGGAGCUGGGCGAAUGUGCACCCAUGGAGUUCGCCUGCCUGGAUCCGUUCGAGUGCAUUCCGGAAUUUCUGCGUUGCGACGGCAUUCCGCACUGUUUCGACAAGACGGAUGAGCUGAACUGCACGCACAUCAAUGCUACGCGAUUUGACAUGAACGAGACGGUGAUCUGUGAGCAUCCGGAUAGGCUGUGUGGCCUAUUCAAGCAGUGUGUGACGGUGGAUCAGCUGUGCGAUGGAAAGAACGAUUGCGAGGACACCACGGACGAGGGAUUCCUGUGCGCGGAUAAGCUGUGCGAUCGCGGCCACGACUGCUCCCAUCACUGCCACAACACGCCGGAGGGAUACAUAUGCUCCUGCCCGGACCACCUGUACCUGCAGCCGAACGGAAAGCGCUGCAGCAUGCAGCACGCCUGCGAUCACUGGGACACCUGCUCGCAGGUGUGCGAGAGCAGCGGCAAGGGCUACGACUGCCGGUGCCUGGAUGGAUUCGACCUGGGCUAUGAUCGGUUCACCUGCAAGAGCACCGCUCCGGAUGAACCGUACGUGAUCUUCACCAACAGACAGGACAUCAAAGGCGUCAACCUGAAGACCUUGGAGGUCAGCAACUUUUACACCUCUCUGCGGAACAUUAUUGCCCUGGAUUUCCUCUACAAUAAUGAAUCCAACGUGGAGAUCUUCUGGACGGAUGUGAUCGACGACAAGAUAUACAGAGGACAGCUGGUGGGCGAGAGUCUGCGUAAUGUGGAGGCCGUCAUCCACUCGGGUCUUUCCACCACCGAGGGACUGGCCGUGGACUGGGUGGGCAAGAACCUGUACUGGAUCGACUCGAAUCUGGAUCAGAUCGAGGUGGCCAAGCUGAAUGGCAGCUUCCGACGCACGCUGAUCGCUGGCAAUAUGGAGAGCCCGCGAGCCAUAGCCCUGGAUCCGAGGGAGGGACUGCUCUUCUGGACCGAUUGGGAUGACAACUCACCGAGGAUUGAGCGGGCCAGCAUGUCGGGCGAUGGCAGGCGGAUGAUCUCCACCAGCUGGCAGUUGAGUGCCGGUUGGCCCAAUGGCUUGACCCUGGACUACACUCAAAAGCGGGUGUACUGGGUGGAUGCCAAGUCGGAUUCGAUCAGCAGCACCAUGUACGACGGAUCCGAGCACCAUGUGGUGCUGCGAAACAAGGAAAUUCUGUCCCAUCCGUUUGCCAUUUCUGUGUUCGAAAACUAUGUGUACUGGACGGACUGGCGUACCACGUCGGUAAUACGCGCCAACAAGUGGAAUGGUAGCGACGUGCAGGUGCUACAACGCACCCAAUCCCAGCCUUUCGGCAUCCAGGUGAUGCACUCCAGUCGUCAGCCCUGGGAUCGCAAUCCGUGUGGGGAGAACAACGGAGGAUGCUCGCAUCUCUGCCUCCUGAGUGGGAGGGGCACCUUCAAGUGCGAGUGUCCGCAUGUGAUGCGCCUUGAUCCGGCCAAUGAACGAAAUUGUGUGCCCAAUGAACAGGUGCUUCUGUUCGUCAUGGUCGAUGAGAUUCGGGGUAUUGAUCUGCAUCAACCGAAUCACCUUACCAUUCCUACCAUCAGACAGUCGCCCAGGUUGGUGGCCCCACAACGCAUUGAUUUUCUGGUGGACGAGAGCCGCAUCUUCUGGUCGGACAUCCAGCAGAACGAAAUUUCAAGUGCUGGCAUAUCGAAUGGUCUUAUUGAGCCCAUUAUAAACACUAACAUUGAGAAGCCCUAUGGCUUUGCCCUCGAUUGGAUUGGCCGAAACUUGUACUUCUCCUCGGGUCAGAUCAAGUGCAAUAUUCUGGCGAGCAACCUCAAGGGCGAGUAUGUGGCCAUUAUUCACAAGGACCUCAACAUGGUGGACAGCAUUGCCCUGGAUCCGGCCAAUGGAAAGAUGUAUUGGAUACACUCUACGUCCGAUGGAAGCAAGUCCCAGUUGGAGCAAUCGAAUCUAGAUGGCUCGGGACGUGUGUUGAUCUAUGAGCACGAGAACAGUCUCCAGAGUUUGACCAUGGACUUUGAUUCGCAAAGGUUGUACUAUGCCUACGACAGUUCGGGCAUCGCCUACUAUGACAUUCCAAGAAACGAAACGCACAAGGUACUGGUGGCCAGUCAAAUCACCUCGGUCAGUUCGCUGACCGUCUACAAUGGAACGCUCUACUUCCCGGAGAACAUUCAGAGCGUGAUCAUGCAAUGCGAGAAGGAAGCCUGCUCCAAUCUGUCCUUCCUGAGGGUCAACACGAAGAGCAUUCAGAGCAUGAAAAUGUACCAUGCGGAUGCGCAGACAGGCUCGAAUACCUGCGCCAAGUGGGCCUCCCGCGGUGGCUGCCAGCACCUUUGCUUGGCCACCUCGUCCAUUGAGCACACCUGCCGCUGCGCCCUCGGCUACGAUGUGGAGCCCAACAAUCGCAUUGGCUGUGUACCGCGGGCGGAAUUUAUUUUCUACUCCAUCGAUGUGCUGCAGGGCGUGGAAAUGAUCGAUCCAUCGGAGCAGUUCGAUACGCCUGCACCGGCUCUGGUGCCCAUUUCGCGAGUGAGUUCGGCCAGCUUCAUCGAUUACCUGGCCAAAACGGACACGCUGUACUGGGGCGACAACGAACUGGGCAGUAUCUCGCGCGUGAAGCGCGAUGGAACCCAAAGGGAAACCAUUUUGGAGGCCCUAAAUCUCGUGGGAUACAAGCAGCAGGACUGGCUGGGUGGCAUUGCCAUCGACUGGGUGGCCGGCAACAUCUACUGGAGCGACACAAAGCGGAAUAUCAUUGAGGUGGCUCGUCUGGAUGGCAGCCAUCGGUAUGUGGUGGUCUCCAAUUUGGACAAGCCCACUGCCCUGGCGGUGGAUCCCCUGCAGGGCCUGCUCUUCUACAUCACACAACAGCACAUAGGUCGUGUUGGCCUGGAUGGCAGUCAGCCCUUUGUUUUGGUCAACCAAACGCGAGCCAACUGGGCGGUUGGGAGUCUGGUGCUGGACAUAGAGGCCACCAAGGUGUACUGGUGCGAGCGAUAUCCGGAUGCCCUGAUGAAGGUGGACUACGAUGGCAACCUAAGGCAGCAGCUGUUGAACGAAAGCCUCAACAAUCCAGUGGCGCUGGCCAAGAUGGGGGACUAUCUGUACUGGGCGGAAAACAAGUACAACGAGGGUAUCAUCAGGGUGGCUCCUCUGGCAAAUCUCAGCCAGUCGAAGGUGGUCCUGCAGACGGAGCAGGAUGCCAUAAGGGAUCUGAAGAUAUACUCCAAGCACCUGCAGCGGGGAACCAAUCCGUGUGGCCAUAGCAACGGCGGAUGCGAGCAGCUCUGCCUGUUCAAUGGAACCAGCGCCAUCUGCGCCUGCGCCCACAGUCGACUGGCCUCGGAUGGCUCCAGCUGCGAGCCGUAUGACAACUUCCUGCUCUUCAGCUAUCGCAGCAACAUCGAGAGCAUCCACAUGACGGACCAUGCCGAUAAAAACUUUCCCGUGCAGAUGAUCUCCAAUACCAGCCUGAUGCGGAAUGUGAUUGCCAUCAGCUACAACUACGAGGAGCAGUUGGUCUACUACUCGGAUGUCCAACUGAGCACCAUCAAUCAGGUGUACUUCAAUGGCACCGGACAACGAGUGCUCCUGGGUCAGCAAGAGCGAGUGGAGGGUCUGGCCUACGAUAUUGUCAACGAGCAGCUCUUCUGGACCUCGAACAACAACGCGGCCAUCCGGAGCGUUGAGCUGCGGCAUCUUUCCGAGCAGGCGGAACAGAACCAGAACCACGUGAAGAACGUGCUCAAGCUGCGGGAGAAGGACAAGCCGCGUGGCAUCGCUGUGGAGCCGUGUCUGGGCAUGAUCUACUGGACAAACUGGAACGAGGAGACGCCCUGUAUCCAGCGAUCCUACCUCACGGGCUACGGCACGGAGAUGAUCAUAAAGACCGACAUUAAGAUGCCCAAUGCCCUGACCCUCGACCUGGAGCAGCAGAAACUGUACUGGGCGGAUGCGCGACUGGACAAGAUCGAGCGGACGGACUACGAUGGCAGCAAUCGAGUGGUGCUGGCCCAUUCGACGCCCAAGCACGCCUUCGCCAUGGCCGUGUACGGCGAUCUGCUCUUCUGGACGGACUGGGUGCUCCACGCCGUGGUCCGGGCCAAUAAGUACACGGGCACGGAUGUGCUCUUCCUGCGCGAGCAUGUGACCCGACCCAUGGGCAUUGUGGCGGUGCAGAACAGUAGCAUCAAUUGCGAUGCCAACCAGUGCAAGAUCCUCAACGGUCAGUGCGAGGACGUGUGCAUCCUGAACAAGAGUGGCCAGGCCACUUGCCACUGCACCCAGGGUGUCCUGGCCGCCGAUGGUCGUCGCUGCAUCGCUCCCGUGAACACGAGCUGCGGCAGCCUGCAGUACAAUUGCCACUCCGGCGAGUGCAUUCCCAUGGAGCUGACCUGCGACAAUGUGACCCACUGCCUGGACGGAUCGGACGAGUGGCGCAGCUACUGCAUCUUCCGCCAGUGUCCGGAGACGCACUUCAUGUGCCAGAACCACCGCUGCAUUCCCAAGGAGCACAAGUGCGACGGCGUGCAGCAGUGCGGCGAUGGCAGCGACGAGACGGCCCUGCUCUGCAAGUGCCAGCCGGAUCAGUUCCGUUGCGGCAGCGGGGAGUGCAUUCCGCGCAAGUUCCUCUGCGACAACAUGAAGGACUGCCGCGACUUCAGCGAUGAGAAGAUGUGCGCCCCCACGCCCUGUGAGGUGGGCGAUGUGACCUUCGAGCACUGCGGCAACAGCACCAUGUGCAUCAUGCCCAGCUGGCGCUGUGACGGCGAUCCCGACUGCCCGGACGGCACGGAUGAGCUGGACUGUGCCAAUCGCACGAACGUCAGCUGUGAUCCCGGCCAGUUCCGCUGUGCCGCCGGUAACUGCAUCGCCGGCUCGUGGCACUGCGACGGCGAGAAGGACUGUCCGGAUGGCAGCGAUGAGAUCAACUGCCGCACCGAGUGCCGGAGCAAUCAGUUCGCCUGCGACAAGGUCUGCAUCCCGGCCAGCUGGCAGUGUGACGGAAAGAGCGACUGCGAGGACGGCACCGACGAGGUGCAGUGCCCCAGUCGGCCAUGCAGGCCGCACCUGUUCCAGUGCAAGAGCUCUGGCCGCUGCAUCCCCCAGAAGUGGGUGUGCGACGGCGAGAAGGACUGUCCCAGCGGCAUCGGCGAUGUGGGCAGCGAGGACGAGGGACCCCAGUGCGGUGGCAUCGCCCACAUUCCCGACUGUCCGCCGCCUGCUCAUCUCUGCACCAGUGGUCUCUGCAUCGACUCGCAUUAUGUGUGCGACGGGGACGAGGAUUGUCCUGGCGGCGAUGACGAGUACGAGGGCUGUGUGCCGGCCUUCAUGCCGCACUCCUGUCCAGGCGGAUCGCUGAUGCACCAGUGCCAGGAUGGCCUGUGCAUACUCAAGAACCAGACGUGCGAUGGCAAGCCGGACUGUGGCGAUGGGUCCGACGAGCUGAGCAGCCUGUGUGCCCACACCCGGGGAUGCAAUGGCACCGAUGACUUCCGCUGCAAGAACGGUGCCUGCAUCCAUGCCGACUUGCUGUGCGAUCGGCGGAACGAUUGCGCCGACUUCUCGGACGAAGAGCUGUGCAAUGUGAACGAGUGCCUGAUUCCGGACAUCUGCGAGCACGAGUGCGAGGACAAGGUGGUGGGCUACCAGUGCCAUUGCCGGGCGGGCUACAAGGUGCUGCCCAAGAGUCCGCAUCUCUGCACGGACAUCGACGAGUGCGACGAGCAGCAGCCGUGCUCGCAGACCUGUGUGAACACCUACGGUUCGUACAAGUGUCUGUGCGCCAAGGGCUACGCGCUGGUGGAUCACCACACGUGCAAGGCCACCAGCAAUGUGACCAUGGAGCUGAUCUUCUCGAACCGCUACUACAUCCGGCAAGUGGACAUGGCGGGCAAUGGCAGCAUCCUGAUCAACGAGCUGUCCAAUGCGGUGGCCCUGGACUUCGACUGGGACAGCCAGUGCCUGUACUGGUCGGAUGUGACCAGCACCGUGGGCACGAUCAAGCGGCACUGCCCCAAGGAGAACAAAACGCAGACCUUGCACCAGGCGAUGCUGAAGAACCCGGAUGGUCUGGCCGUGGACUGGGUGGCCAAGAACCUGUACUGGUGCGACAAGGGAUUGGAUACGAUAGAGGUGUCGCAGCUGGAUGGCAAGUACCGGAAGGUCUUGAUCAACGAGUACUUGCGGGAGCCGCGUGGCAUUGCCCUGCAUCCGUACCAACGGCACAUUUACUGGUCGGAUUGGGGCGAUACUCCGCACAUCGGCAAGGCGGGCAUGGAUGGCUCCAGCCCGAAGAUGAUCAUCCGCGACGGCUUGGGUUGGCCCAACGCCUUGACGAUCAGUUUCGAGACGCAGCAGUUGUUUUGGGGCGAUGCCAGGGAGGAUACGAUCUCGGUGAGCGAUCUGGAUGGCAAUCACACGCGAUUGCUGCUGGCCCGGAGCAUCAAUCCGCUGCUGAAUCUGCACCACAUCUUCGCCAUCGCCGUGUGGGAGGGUCGCAUCUACUGGUCCGACUGGGAGACCAAGUCCAUUGAGUACUGCAGCAUCUUCAACGGACAGAACUGCACCACUUUGAUAACGACGAUCCACAGACCGAUGGACCUGAGGGUGUUCCACCCGUACCGACAGCAGCAGCCGAUGAGCGGCAAUCCCUGCCUGGCGGCCAACUGCUCCACGUUGUGUGUGCUCUCACCGGAGGCGCCCUACUACAAGUGCAUGUGCCCCACGAACUUCGUCCUGGCCAACGAUGGACGCACCUGUCGGGCCAAUUGCACGGCUGCGCAUUUCGAGUGCGUGCACACGUACAAGUGCAUUCCGUUCUACUGGCGCUGCGACACCCAGGACGAUUGCGGCGAUGGCAGCGACGAGCCGGAGUCCUGUCCGCCCUUCCACUGCGAACCGGGUCAGUACCAGUGUGCCAACCAGAAGUGCACCCAUCCGUCCAAUCUCUGCGAUGGCGUGAACCAAUGUGGCGACGGUUCGGAUGAGCUAAACUGCGACAAGUUCACCUGUUUCGACACACACAUGAAGUGCGGCGCGACGGCCAAUUCAAGCGCCUUCUGCGUGGAUAAUGUGAAGCGGUGCGACGGCGUCAAGGACUGUCCGGGCGGAGAGGAUGAGUCGUCGUGCAAGCCUCUCGUCUGCAAGAAGGAUCAGUUCCAGUGCGGCAACAACCGCUGCAUGCCGUACGUCUGGGUGUGCGAUGGCGACAUCGACUGUCCGGACAAGUCCGAUGAGGCCAACUGUGAUAAUGUCUCCUGCGGACCCAAUGACUUCCAGUGUGAUUCGGGUCGGUGCAUUCCACUCGCUUGGCGCUGCGACGACGACCACGAUUGUCCCAAUGGCGAGGACGAACCGAGCAGCUGCUUCACCUCCAAGGCGACCUGUGACCCCACCUACUUCAAGUGCAACAACUCCAAGUGCAUCCCCGGUCGCUGGCGUUGCGACUACGAGAACGAUUGCGGCGAUGGCAGUGACGAGCUCAACUGCCAGAUGAGAAACUGCUCCGAGAGCGAGUUCCGCUGCGGAACGGGCAAGUGCAUCAAGCACAACUACCGCUGCGACGGAGAGAUCCACUGCGACGACAACAGCGACGAGAUCAACUGCAACAUCACCUGCAAGGAGAAUCAGUUCAAGUGCGCCGCCUUCAACACCUGCAUCAACAAGCAAUACAAGUGCGAUGGCGACGACGACUGCCCGGAUGGAUCCGACGAGGUGAACUGCACGUGCCACUCGGAUCACUUUAGCUGCGGCAACGGCAAGUGCAUCAUGUCCCGCUGGAAGUGCGAUGGCUGGGACGACUGUCUGGACGGCAGUGACGAGAGCCUGGAGACGUGUGCCAAAACCCACUGCCAUGCCAACGCCUUCAAGUGCCACAACCAGCUGUGCAUCCGGAACUCGGCGCUGUGCGACGGCGUCGAUGAUUGUGGCCAGAACGAGGACGAGUCGGAUGCUGUGUGUGCGGCGCUGCCCAAGUGUCGUCACGAUCAGUUCCAGUGCGAGAACGACGACUGCAUCUCGAAGGCCUACCGCUGCGACGGGCAGUACAACUGCAUCGACGGCUCGGACGAGAUGAACUGCCAGCCGCCGGUUUGUGGCUUUGGCAGCUGUUCACAGAUCUGCCUGGAGAAGAAGGCGGGCCACUACAACUGCAAGUGUGCCGACGGCUAUCACAAGGGGCCGGAGAAGAACGCCACUUGCCUGGCCUCCGGUCCGGACCAGAUCCUGUUGCUCGCCUCCGAGCAGGAGUUCCGCUUCAUACUGCCCGCCAAGCAGGAAGGCACCACUGUGGUGGGCUUCUUCCAGACCGACAGUCUCAAGAUCGAUGUGUUUGACAUCCUGAUCAGGCCCAAGGACACGCUGCUCUUCUGGAUCGACUCGCACCACGGCAAGGUGCACACCAUGAAGAUAGCCACACCGCAUGUGGAGGGCACUGGAGUAAGGGUGCGCCGCGAUCUUAAGGAGCUGACUGCAUUUAAUAUCCCCGAAUUGGACGAUCCGAAGUCAUUGGCCGUGGACUGGGUGUCGCAACGAGUGUACAUCAUCGACUCGCGGCACAAUCAGAUUCUGGCCACCGACAUCGAGGGCAAGAAGUACAUCUCUCUGGUGUCGACGGGCAUGAAUCCCACGGAUAUUGUCCUGGAGCCCGAGUCGCGCAUUAUGAUCUGGUCGACGCUGGAGAACGGCAUCUUGGUGGCCUCCCUCGACGGCAGCAACAAGAAGAGCCUGGUGGAACGCGACGUGGGCUGGCCCAUCAGCUUGUCGAUGGACUAUCCAACGGGUCGUCUCUACUGGGCGGACUACCGCAAGGGAACGAUCGAAACGUGUCGACUCAAUGGCAAGGAUCGCAAUGUGGUGCGACGCUUUGGCAACCGCGAGAAACCUCAGAAGAUCGAUGUGUUCGAGGACUACCUGUACAUCAAACUCUACGAUCAGAGCAUCAUCAAGAUGAACAAGUUUGGCAACGACAAUGGCACCUACUUGCUGAAGGGAUAUCGCUCGUCGGACAUUGGUAUUUUGCAUCCAAUGAAGCAGAAUAGGAACAUAAGCAAUCCCUGCGCCAAGGAUCCCUGCAAAACGUCCCGCGCCCUCUGCAUUCUCUCCUCGGAAUCCUCCAACGGCUACAGUUGCAAGUGCCCCGAGGGCUUUGUGAUGACCGACGAGGGUGUGUGCCGGGCGCACGCGGACAUUCCCGACUACUGUCCGCUGCAAUGCAACCUGGGCGUGUGCAAAGUCGUGGACCAUGUGCCCAAGUGCAUCUGUCAGCCGCAAUUCGAGGGCGAGCUGUGCGAGCACUAUCGCUGCUCCGGCUACUGCCAGAACUACGGCCUGUGCACGGUGGCGCCGCAGCUGCCGGGAUCCCAGGAACCGCCGCCUCUGAAGUGCACCUGCACGGCGGGCUGGUCGGGUGCCAGGUGCGAGACCUCCAUGCCCGUCUGCCAGAGCCGCUGCCACAAUGGUGGCUCCUGUCUGCUCUCCGAAACGGAGGGCAUGAAGUGUAGCUGCCCGACGAUGUUCGUUGGCGAGCAGUGCGAGCACUGUAGGAAUCUCACCUGCGAGAAUGGCGGCAUCUGUCGGGAAACGCUGACGGGCAGCCCGCAAUGCGAGUGUCCGGAUGGCUUCACCGGCAAACGUUGCGAGAUCGACGAGUGCGCCGACUUUUGCAAGAACGGCGGCUCCUGUGUGAUCGGCACCAAGGGUCAGCGGCAGUGCAAGUGCCCCAGUGGCUUCUACGGCGAGCACUGUGACUCCAGUUCGUGUCGCGACUUCUGCCAAAAUGGAGGAACCUGUUCGGAGCGCGGUGGUCGCCUGAGCUGCACCUGUCCGUCGCGUUUCAUCGGCGAGAGUUGUGAGUCGGAUCUGUGCAAGACCUCCAGUCCGCCCCACUUUUGCGAGGACGCCAAAGUGCCCAGCCGGGAUCCCUGCACGCUGAUGAUCUGCCAGAAUGCCGGAACCUGUCACGUGAUCAAGGGUGUGGCGCUGUGCAACUGCACGGAUCAGUGGAAUGGUGACUUCUGCACCCUGCCCGUUUCGGAUGAUAAUCCCUGCGUGCGGUACUGUGCCAAUGGCGGUGUUUGCCACCUGGACGAGUAUAGCCUGCCCCACUGCAGCUGCAUUGGCGAUUGGCAGGGUAACGCGUGUGAGCUGCCGCCACAUUGUGUCGGCGGCGAGUGCAACGUCUGCCGGCCGGGCAGCUCCAUCAACGAGUGCCUGUGCGAUGAGAAGAACGUGGUGCCCUGUCUCACGGACAGUGCGGAUGCGCUGAAGGGCGAUCAGGAGCCCACGGAGUCCGGCGGCGUGUUCUCCGUGCUGGCCCUCAUCCUGGCUGUGAUUCUACUGGUGCUAGCCCUGUUCGCCGGUGCUGUUUACUUCCUAAAAAAACAUCGCAUAGCUCAGCCAUUCUCACACGCUCGUCUGACGGACAACGUGGAGAUCAUGCUCACCAAUGCCAUGUAUCGCGGGGAUGCGGAUGAGGCGCCCACAUUUGCCAGUGAGGAUGACAAGGGUAACUUUGCCAAUCCCGUGUACGAAUCGAUGUAUGCGGAUGCCAUUCCGGAGCCAGUAAGCACGGAAAUAGCGCACAGCACGGCUCCGGACGAGCGGAAGGGACUGCUGCAGCACACGCACGACGAGAAUCACACGCCGGACAUCCUCUGAUGAUUGACCCGCUGCGACCGGGAACUGUGCUAGGCGCAGUCGGCCACGGAGACACUUACAUGCAACAUGCCACAUGCCACAUCCCAAAUCCCAACACUCAAUAACGAUUUGAACUCGAACAAUGGACUGAUAGCGUAGCCAUAUAACGAAUUUUUGUAAACAUUUGUGUACAUUUUGUUUCCUUUUAUUAUUUUUGAUAUUACUUUAAUUUUUAGGCUGACCUCGGCCCCUUAUCCAAAGAGCUCUAACUCGGGCAGCCUUGCUCCCUUUGUUAUAUCCCUAAUGAUGUCCUUAUAUCUUAUUACCGGGGAAGUCCUCUUGUCAUUUGUUUACACGUUUUACAAGCAAUGCGCCUUUUGAUAAAUGAAUUUUGAAUAUAUACGUGAUUGUGUAUAUUAUAUAUCCGGAACGUUUUGUGGAUCUGUAAAUUUAGUAGUUGGUAGAUUUAGUUGAAGAGAACGUUGUAAAUAUUUUAUACAUUUAUUGCCCACAAGCAGCCUAGUUAACAUUUAAAUGAAAAAACCAUUCGAGCAGUCACUGACAAUUUGCCAAGUAGUGAACGCGAACACGAACGAAAUCGAAUUCGUCUUUGGAGAUUGACCAAAUAUGCAUUUAAAAUAAUUUAGACUUCACAAUGCCAGGACGAACCAGCGCCAGCACAACCAGAACAUACAAAUUAACGAACAAAAUACUUAGGAAUAAUUGCAUCACAUACUUUACACAAUUAGAAUACGUAUGUCUACACUAAUGUGGCAUUAUUUAGUUGCACGAUUUCCAAAUCAAUCGACCUUAAGAGAUUUCCUGUAUAAAAUAAUGCUCAGAUAAAAGCCAAAUUUUAACAAUUAUACAAUGUAAAAAUGAUAUUUAUACAGAUAAUUAUGUAUGUAAUUAAUUAAGCUAAGUGCGAAUCGAAUAACUAACGCGCGAUAGAUAACGCACUGCAAACAAACAAAAAAAACACUGUAAAAACAUAAUAAAUAUGCAUUAAUUCGCAAGAAAUAGAGUUACGGCGUGUUUCUUUAAGGCAAAUACAAAAAAAAAAAGGAACGAAUAAAUGAUACAAAGCAAUACUAUGACCGUAA